GGCUCAGGCGCGAGCUCGACGUGCGCCGCUGGACCAGGGGCCUCUAUCACCUACGUGGCCAGGGCGAUGGAGUUCGCGCCGGCUCGGGAUAUCUACCAGCAUCCACCUCGGGCAGUCUAUGCCAAGAUAUUCUGUUGGGCGGACAAGGCCCGCGCGGCACUCGACGCGCAGGCCGCGAAGGCACGGAUUCCACCGCGAGUCCUGCGGCGAGGGUUUCGGCAUCUUGGGCAGCGGGCGGCCCCCGCGCCCUGGCAAGAGGUGGGGCAGGGCAUGACCGACAUCCUCGACGAGCGCAGCGAGCGCGCGGCCAGCGUGGACGACAACGAGCGUGACAACGCGUGGGCUUGCGACCGGUGUGACUUGAUGAGGAUGAGGUACCUCCACCAGCACGCGAUG